AUAAAACGAGCAACAAACAAGACAGGAUGGAAACAGCGUUGGCUUUGAUAGAUGCCAAGACUCUCUUUUGGAAGAGGGGGCCCUGUGGCCCGGGCCCCCCCCCCCCCCCCGGGCCUCAGGGCAGCGUCGGGUGGGGCUCGGAGGGGCCAGCUCCCCACUGACCAGCUUCUCCUCGCAGUGCUGAGGGGCGGCCCUCUCAGCGGGCCCUACCGCCUGCGCCAGUUCCACCUGCACUGGGGCUCCGCGGACGACCACGGCUCGGAGCACACCGUGGACGGGGUGCAGUACGCCGCCGAGCUGCAUCUGGUUCACUGGAACCCGAAGUACAACACCUUCGGGGAAGCUCUGAAGCAGCCGGAUGGCACCGCCGUGGUGGGCAUCUUCCUGAAGAUAGGACGUGAGAAAGGCGAGUUCCAGCUGAUUCUCGAUGCGCUGGACAAAGUGAAGACAAAGGGCAAGGAGGUGCCCUUCACCAACUUUGACCCGUCCUGCCUGUUCCCCGCCUGCCGUGACUACUGGACCUACCACGGCUCCUUCACCACCCCGCCCUGCGAGGAGUGCAUCGUGUGGCUGCUGCUCAAGGAGCCCAUCACCGUGAGCUCCGACCAGAUGGCCAAGCUGCGCAGCCUCCUGUCCAGCGCGGAGAACGAGCCCCCGGUGCCCCUGGUGGGAAACUGGCGCCCACCGCAGCCCAUCAAGGGCAGGGUGGUGAGAGCCUCCUUCAAGUGAGCCCUCCCCGAAGGGAACCCGCCCCCGAGAGAGAGCGGGUCCCGCCUCCUUCCCGUGCUCCUUGUGCCACGUGUAUUUCAGUCUCCACACGAGCGAUGAGCGAUGCAAUCACUGACGACAGGAUGAGUAGGAAAGCACCCGGCCUUUGUAACGAUCACCUUUCCUAGAAAAGUAGCAUUUGUAGCGCAGUUUCAGAAAAGAGAUGGAAGAGUAAAGAUAUAGGAAAAGAACUAUUGGGCAUCAUUUUUCUGUCAUAAAUUUCACAGAACUUCAGUUUUACAAUUUUCACGUUACCCAUUGUCCAUCUUAACACCUUAGUGAGUAAUUCUAUAUGUAGGUGUGGAGGCGUGUGUAAGUCAUAUAGCAAUUAAACUUGACCAGACCGGAACUGAGAUGAGAAUGUGUUUUAACCCUUAACUAAACCAACGGAGGCCCAUGAGGUAUUAAAAUUCCAGCUCCUGUAAAGAUGACCUGGUUUUGAUUAUCAAUGAAACAAAGACACAUUCGACCAGGAGAUUUAAGAAAACAUGACCUGGUAUUUGAAUUUUUUCUUCCUAAAGGUGGUUGACUGUAGCCUAAUACUUUUCUUUCCCGGAAGGAGGACACUUAUUUUUAAUUUCGCUCCUUUGGUUUUGCAUGCUUGUUAACUAAACGGCCCGGAUCUCUGAGUUGCGGGUGGGAUUCACGACUCCUGGCACAGGUGGGGCGAUGUCUGACGUGCAGUGAGGCGGGCAGCUGAUCAGCAAAAUAAUAAAGACAUGAAUUUGAAGAGUUC